GUUGCCUACGGUUGCGAGGCGCAGCUCGAGCGAUGGACGUGUGCAAGAUUAUCCAUGACCAGAACUGGCUUCUGAAGACGCAGAGCCUCUUCCACAGCCACAUGGAGGAAGAGUUGAAGCAAGUGCAGCAGCAGCUGCUCGCGCUUUCUGGCAAAGUCGGCACCAUGAAUUCCAUGAACUCCAUGUCUCUCAGGCCAUCGAACGUUGCGCAGCGGGGGUCCGUGGGCUCCGCCUGGUCCACGACGAAGCGGGAGCCGGACCCAGGCUUCAACGUGCAGGACGGUUCGCUGGAGGAGUCGCUCAUGAUGCGGCUUCGCUGCAGCUCCGAAGGCUUUAAGCUACCCUGA